UCCCGCUCGACCUUGCGCUGCCUUGAAGGGCCCCAGCGCUGGGCCGUCCGGGGGUCGCCGCUGUCGGGGGGCCUGGCGGGGAGGGGGCGCCGGGCGACCCUCCCCCAUGGGCUGGCAGCAUGCCGGUCCGGCGCGGGCACGUGGCCCCCCCGAACACCUUCCUGGACGUCAUCAUCCGCAAGUUUGAAGGGCAGAGCCGUAAGUUCAUCAUCGCCAACGCCCGGGUGGAGAACUGCGCCAUCAUCUACUGCAAUGAUGGAUUUUGUGAUCUCUGCGGCUACAGCCGGGCCGAGGUCAUGCAGAAGCCGUGCACCUGUGACUUCCUCUACGGCCCUCGAACGCAGAGCAGCGCCAGCGCUCAGAUCGCCCAGGCCCUGCUGGGCUCCGAGGAGCGAAAGGUGGAGAUUUCCUUCUACCGGAAGGACGGCAGCUGCUUCCUCUGCCUGGUGGACGUGGUGCCGGUGAAGAACGAGAGCGGUGCCGUCAUCAUGUUCAUCCUCAACUUCGAGGUGGUGGUGGAUCGGGCCCGGCUGACCGGCGCCGCCAAGAACACCAACCACUGGGUCUCUCCGGCCGCCUGGUUGCCCACAGGUCGCGGCAAGUCCUUCCGGCUGAAGCUGCCGGCGCUGCUCGCCCUGGCCGGGAGCAAGCAGUCGCUACCGCAGGACGAUCCGGAUGAGGCGGUGGUGGUGGACCUGUCCAAGCCGAGCAGCGAGUCCGUGGUGCUGGACGAGGUCACCUCCUCGCUGGAGCCCCCUUGUCUGGGCUGCGAGGAAGAGGAGGAGCCCGAGGACCAGCGAGCCCUGAUGGAGCGCCGGGCGGAGGCCGGCGAGGACCCCCCGGUCACCCACUCCUCGCCCCGGACUGAGAAGGCCGCCCACCUCCACCUGGAGGCCUCCUUCUCCAACUGCAGCGUCAGCCGCAGCCGCUCGCGCGAGAGCUGCUACAGCGUGCGCCGGGCCUCCUCCGUGGACGACAUCGAGGCCAUGAAGGGCGACGGGGAGAAGGGCUGGGCCCACAGCCGUCACGCCAGCACCGGGGCCAUGAACAACGUCCGGAGCCACCUGCUCAACUCCACCUCCGAUUCGGACCUCAUGCGCUACCGGGCCAUCAGCAAGAUCCCCCAGAUCACCCUCAACUUCGUGGACUUCAAGGCGGAGGCCUUCCUCACCUCGCCCUCCAGCGAGAAGGAGAUCAUCGCCCCCAGCAAGCUGAAGGACCGGACCCACAACGUGACGGAGAAGGUCACCCAGGUGCUGUCCCUGGGCGCCGAUGUGCUCCCCGAGUACAAGCUGCAGGCCCCCCGCAUCCAUAAGUGGACCAUCCUGCACUACAGCCCCUUCAAGGCGGUCUGGGAUUGGCUAAUCCUGCUGCUGGUCAUCUACACGGCCAUCUUCACCCCCUACUCGGCCGCCUUCCUGCUGAACAACCAGGAUGGGCGGGACCACCGGGCCUGCGGCUACUCCUGCAGCCCACUCAAUGUGGUGGACUUGAUUGUGGACAUCAUGUUCAUCAUUGACAUCCUGAUCAACUUCCGCACCACGUACGUCAACUCCAACGAGGAGGUGGUCAGCCACCCGGCCAAGAUCGCCAUCCACUACUUCCAGGGCUGGUUCCUGAUCGACAUGGUGGCCGCCAUCCCCUUCGACCUGCUCAUCUUCGGCUCCGGCUCGGAAGAGACCACCACCCUGAUUGGGCUGCUGAAGACGGCCCGCCUGCUGCGCCUGGUGCGUGUGGCCCGCAAGCUGGACCGCUACUCGGAGUACGGGGCGGCCGUGCUCUUCCUGCUGAUGUGCACCUUCGCUCUGAUCGCCCACUGGCUGGCCUGCAUCUGGUACGCCAUCGGCAACAUGGAGGGCAAGACCAUCGGUUGGCUCCACUCGCUGGGCGGGCAGAUCGGGAAGCCCUUCAACGCGAGCACCUCGCACCUGGGUCCCAGCAUCAAGGACAAGUACAUCACCGCCCUCUACUUCACCUUCAGCAGCCUGACCAGCGUCGGCUUCGGCAACGUCUCGCCCAACACGAACCCGGAGAAGAUCUUCUCCAUCUGCGUCAUGCUGAUUGGCUCCCUGAUGUACGCCAGCAUCUUUGGGAACGUGUCGGCCAUCAUCCAGCGGCUGUACUCCGGCACCGCCCGCUACCACACCCAGAUGCUGCGGGUGCGAGAGUUCAUCCGCUUCCACCAGAUCCCCAACCCCCUGCGCCAGCGCCUAGAAGAGUAUUUCCAGCACGCCUGGUCUUACACCAACGGCAUCGACAUGAACGCGGUGCUGAAGGGAUUCCCCGAGUGCCUGCAAGCCGACAUCUGCCUGCACCUGAACCGUACCUUACUGCAAAACUGCCGUCCCUUCCGGGGCGCCAGCAAGGGCUGCCUGCGCGCCUUGGCCAUGAAGUUCAAAACCACCCACGCCCCGCCGGGGGACACCUUGGUGCACGCCGGGGACGUGCUGACCGCCCUCUACUUCAUCUCCCGCGGUUCCAUCGAGAUCCUCCGGGGGGACGUGGUGGUCGCCAUUCUAGGGAAGAACGACAUCUUUGGGGAGCCGCUCAACCUGUACGCGCGACCCGGCAAGUCCAACGCGGACGUGCGAGCCCUGACGUACUGCGACCUGCACAAGAUCCACCGGGAAGAUCUGCUGGAGGUGCUGGACAUGUACCCGGAGUUCUCGGACCAUUUCUGGUCCAACCUGGAGAUCACCUUCAACCUGCGAGAUACCAACAUGAUCCCAGGCUCCCCUGGCAGCGACGAGAUGAACGGGGGCUUCAACCGGCUGCGACGGCGCAAGCUCUCCUUCCGACGGCGCACCGAGAAAGACGAGCUACUGGGGGAAGCGAGGUCCCAGCCCAAGGCCCUGCACCUCGGCCAGAACUGUCCGUCGCCAGCCUCUCCCAGGUGGGAAGCGUGCCUCAGCAGCUCGGCAGCCUCCAGCCCGCCCUCCAGCGACGAGGAGGAGAUCCCCGUCCCCGUCUCCAGGGUCACGGAGCUGUCGCCUUUCCACCGGGCCGUGGCGCCCCUCGCCGUGCCUCCCUCCGCAGCCCCCCCUGAGCAGCAGAGCAGCGACUCCUGCAACCCGCUCUCCGGGGCCUUUUCCGGCAUGUCGAACAUCUUCAGCUUCUGGACGGAGAGCCGAGAACGGCAGUACCAGGAGCUGCCGAGCUGCCCCCCUGCUGCCCGCCCCACCCUCAACCUCCCUCUGGCCGCCAGCGGCAGCCUCCCCUCCAGCAGGCGGCACCGCGCCGAGCUGGAGGGCCGCCUGGACCUGCUCCAGAAGCAGCUCAACAGGCUGGAGAACCGCCUGACUGCGGACGUGGGCUCCAUCCUGCAGCUGCUGCAGCGCCAGGCGGUCCUGGUGCCCCCCACCUACAGCGCCGUCUCCUCGCCGCAGCCUCCGCCGAACGCCGAGCCCUCCUUGGGAGAACACCCCCUGCCCUUGGCCCCCAUCCUGGCCCAGACACUCUGCACCCGGACACAGAUGCCCCUUUUCCCGGCUCCCCGUGUGGACGCCGCCGAGUCCAGCGACGAGGUGGUGCUGCUGAUGGAGCCGCCCUACGUGGCCCCGCGACGCCUUUCGCUUCCGGGACAGCUGGCCGCCACGGAGGACCCGGACUUGCCCCCAGAUUUGCACAGACACUGCUCGGAUCCCGGCAGUUAAUGGACUCAGACAAGGGUCUCUCCGCACGAUGGGGAGAGCAGACGGUGGAGAAGGAUCGCCGGGGGCCCCCACAGCCCAGGCGAGGGGCAGCCUCCUGGCACGGCCGGCCCAUACGACGUUAGCUGGCCUAACGGGCGGGCUGGUCCCGGGGAACCGGCAGGAGGGCUGCAGGAACCGUGGCGUCAACGAGGAUGACGACGGCGGAGCAGGCAGGACGCUGACCGCGAGGAUCGGAGCGCCGUUUGGGACCCUGAACGUUGGGGUGUUAUCGUCCUCCUUCGAUCACCCCCAAGUGGCUGAGCAGGAAGAAGGGGGGGGCGCUCCUGCAGGGACCUCACGCUGGACCCCCUGAGGAGGGCAGCUCGGCCCAGCAGCGGGACGCUCCCCCUUCGUCUCACUCUGGGGAGCUGUGAUCUUUGCGGUACUCGGACGAGAGCAACACGGGGCCCACGGGGCCCACUUCCUUAUUUUGAGAGACCCCCCUCCCCAGAUCUUUCAUGAGCCCCCUUGCUUCACCAAAGCGAUUUCUCCAUGGGGGGGGGGAGGCUCCAGCUGUGCAAUAAUUUAAACGCUCCUUGAAUCCAUUCGGGGGGGGGGGUGGUUGGUGCGUCGUAGCAGCAACUGGUACGGAAAAGCGGAGACCAGCCCGGAGAUCGUAAGGAUUGAGGAAAGACAGGUGUAGGUCACUUACUGCUGGGUCACUCCACCCUCCCUUUAGAAUCCAGGCUGUCUCCACAGCCACCACCACCCCCCAACUACACAUGCGGCUACACAUCUCUGUAAGGGGGUGCUUUCUCUCUACACAGGCGCACCCCACUCUCUUCGCUACUUCUUCCUCUGCUGGCGUUGCGGCGAAACGGUCCCGCUGAGAAAAAAAAACGGGGUGCGGGGAGGGGACGUGGCAGAGAACGGGGGGAGGUCCCUGCUCCUUCCCACACCCCCAUUGCAUAAGCAUCCCCCCCACCCAUUAAAGCAGCAACCCGCUGCGUGCAAAAGCCUUUCUCUCCCUCCCCCCAACUCUCACGGGUGGGUCCUGCCCCUCUCACUUGGGUAAAGGUGGCUUCGUUCCAUCAAGGGGGGGCGAUGAUUCCCCCCAAACAGGGCAGGUCUCCAGACUCCCCCUCCCAGCUUGUCCCACACAUCUGAAGGACGCACAAGAUAUUCCCCCACCCCACCCCGCAUGCUGUCCUCGGCAGUAGCAACCGAUGCCCAAUAAAUUUGGACUGGAUGACUA